CAAAGGCGGGUGUCGGCUGAGAGUAGGGCCUAAUCGUGACAGCGGAACGUCCAGUUGGUACAGAUGCUUGAAGGUCUGAUUGUGGAGGGACUGGUUGAAAUCACGGAGACUUACCGAAUCGUUCAUACGCUUAUACCCUUUCAGGAAUACAUUGACGCUUUCCAGUUCUACCUGUACUCUUGCUCUUCUUGCCUCGCGCAUUACGCGUUCUCGAUCCGUCGUACCAAUACCCACGACACCUCCAUGUCCAAGACCACCACUCUUCAAUUCCUCGAGCUCUUUCUUUGCCCAUACGAGGAAACCAACCGCCCGCCCACCUUCGCUCGUCGCGCCGUUCUCACCAGCGUCAACACCAAGCCACUUAUGCGCCAACGCAUUAUGGUACGCGAUCUCAUCUGCUAGAUAUCUCCCCAAUUCUGGCUUAAUUUGAAUUUAGACUUUGAAGAAGAUGUCAGGUUUGGACGGGAUGCUCCGGGUGUUUUGGCAAGCGCUCGACCGCUUGAAUAGAGCGCAACGCAUUCGAGGUGGAGUUUAGCGGCGAGUGCGGGGGAAGGGUGGGAUUUGGGAAGCGGUGGUCCUGGGGUAAGAGUACUGUCGAAUGCUGCCUUGGAAAGAUGUUUGCGAAUGGCGAGGGCCUGCGCAUCCGCUAGAGCCAUCCUGUCGGCGAGACAAGCAUCAGAAGCUGGAGAGUUAUGACAAGCGUGAAAGGAUUGAAUAUUCACUUGCUGAGUCCGAUAAGAACUUCACGACUUAGGUCGGGUGGUCGUGGACACGACAUUCCUGCAGCUAGAGCGCGUUCUCUUGCGGAGUCCCAUUGUGAAAGAACUUCCUUGGCUAUAAACUCGAAAACGCCUGCAGCCUUGCAAAGCAGAGUUGUUGCGAAAUGUAGCCGUUCGUCCUUGGCUUUACGAUCUGUAUCAGAUAUCGCACGUUCGGUCUCGUAGAUACCGAGCGAAGCAACAAUAGCUCUUGCAAGGUUUGAGAGAGCAAAUCCGUACGUUAGCAAGGUGAAAGCGAUCUCAGUGGGCAGAGAAGGAAGGGAAAGACGA